AUUGAAUAAUUUUCGUUUCGCCUUCUUUAUAUUGAAAGUCAGAUCAUCAAAAUAUCGAGAAGUAAAGGAGAAAGUAAAGGUGAAGAAGCAGAGAGAAGAAAAUGGCGCCACACCUGGAAUCUGGUUUGGUUCCUACGACGGCAAAGGAUGGGAAGAAGACAGCAGAAGAAGAGCAGCUGGAGAAAAAUAUGAAGCAGUUAAAUCUACUUCAUAUCAAGGUACGUGGGUCCCUUAAGUAUUUGUUCACCUGGCGAUGGCGGCAGUUACCCAUAGCGAUAAACUACUCGAUUGCCAACUUACACUGUUUCUAUGGACAGUGCAGAGAACUGCGAACAACAAUUCAACGCAUGCUAGAGACCAUUCCGCACAAUGCUACACCCGAGGAAGUCUAUAAGGUGUUCGUCAAGUCAGUUGCUGCUGCAAACACGCAGAUCAAGGACUUUGGUACCCUUUACAACAGCGAGGAAAGCAAGAAGGUACUCGAGCAAGCUAAGAAGAGCCGCGAAGCAAACCCUAAGGGUAUCAAGCCUUGGCGAGCUAGGGAUCAUCCUGACUGGUUGGAGAUUGAUCAAGAGGUUUAAUUCAACUGUUUACUGUUUAAUCAGACACAGUGCUUAGGCCACACGGUAUGAAUCCAUGGAGCACCUAAGGGAAUUUUCAAGGGUGUUAAGGCAGGCAUCUUAGGGGCGUUUGGAAGGCAUUAGGGAUUACUACCACCUGGGCAGGUAGUAGGUUCACCAGCGAUUUGGCAUCACAAUGGAAUUUUACCAAUGGCGUACGGGGUCAUUCAGGUUAUAGCUACAUGAGAUCUACAUCACGUUGGUCGAGAGGCGUCAAACCGGGGAGGAAUCUUUUGCAAUUUAUUUAGGUAGUAUUAGAUGCCUUCAUGGUGUCUAACUUGCCCUCGAUAGCGCCAAUGCCAUUAAUGGAAUCAUCUAUCUAAGAUAUUUCUC